CCCACUCCCUCCUCUUGAAACCUCACUUCGCUUGCCCAUCAAGCCUCGAACAGACUUUAAAGUCUACACCCACCUCCUCAUCGCGCACACAGAAUUGUCCAGUCACCUCCCCAUCUUUCUCUCCUCUUCGUCUGCGCCACAAGCACGCACACAGGCUGACCAUCACACGCAGCAGCCGCGAUGCGUCAAGACGACCUGUUCGUGCUGGAUACGGCACCUUCACCUUCCAUCAGUGCCCAACAGCACCUUCCCAGCACCCACGCCAAUCCCACAUCGGACUCAGGCUCGAGCUCAUUUUUAUCAGCUUCGACCCGCUCCAAUGGCCUUCUGUUGCCUGGUCACGUCACAUACGAACAAGCAGGUCCGUCGCAGCAUCCCCUCUCCAAGCCCCGUGCCGAUCUCGCUCGCGACUCUGCUCCCGGUCCCGCUUCCGCACCUAGCCCACCCAAAGACUCUUCUCGAGCACAUGCCGGAUCGGAUCCAAGCACCUCACUAGGCGCACAAGGCAGUCCUUCCAAAGAUCCAUCCAAUAACGCGCAGAGGGAAGGUGAAGGGGAGGAGGAGGAGGAAGAGGAUGCAGAGUUGGGAGAUUAUGCGGAAUUGGAGUUGGAUGCGGACGACAGCUUGAAUCAGUCGAGGUGGACGAGGUAUUAUGAAGAUGCAAAGGAGCAGCAAGUGAGCAAUCUGCUCGAGUGCAAUGUAUGCGGUCAGACGGGUCAUUUGGGUAAACGCUGUCCUCAUUCUCAGUGCUUGGCUUGCGGUGCGCUGGACGAUCACACGACUCGAGAAUGCCCGCAUGGCGUAGUCUGCUUCCGAUGCGGACAGACAGGCCAUCGCAUCUCCGAUUGUCCCAAACCCAGGUCAACAGGACGCUGGCAAGCGGAGUGCAUACGCUGCGGUAGCUCUUCUCAUCAAGACAAGGGAUGUCCUACGCUCUGGAGAGUGUAUCAUUGGAAUACGAAUGCGGAGUGGAAGAGGUUCAGAAGGAAUGAAGCGUUGAGGAUACAAAAGGAAAGGCAGAGGUUGAGACGUGGCUUCCAAGAUGAGGAUGAGGAUGACAGCGAGACGAGCGAAGCGGAAAGCGAUAUGAAGCUGGAUAGCGAUGAUUCUCGACGUGAGAGUGAAACCAAAGGGAAGCGGAGGAGAAGCAGACGAAGCCUUUCGCAGAGUCCAAGCUCGGAUUGGGAUCCAGCAGAGAUUUGGUGCUACAAUUGUGCCUCUCGGGGAUCGCAUUGGGGCGAUGAUUGCCCAGAGCGCUACAAUGCAAGGGGAGAUCCUUCUGCCUAUUCUCACUUCAUGUCCUUGGCAGGUCCCUUUGGCUCCAUGUUCGCCUCUCAAGCCCCGCUCGCGCAGAGCACUGCUCGCACCAACGAGCACAUUCGCUUUGGCGAAUCCACCAAUCACGCUUUCGACUUUGAUCUGGGAGACGGAGCUUCUAUCAGGCUGGCUCAGGAUCCUUCCAGGCGCGCUGCUAGCAUCGUGGAUCAACUGAUCGAUAGCGGAAGAGCGAUUGGCAGGGAUAAAAGAGCAAGGGGACCUCCUUCCAGACCUGGUCGAGUUGGCGGUGGUGAGAACGCGCAAGGCUCAUCGCACUCCAGCUCGAUGCCGACGAGACGCAGGGCGGAGAGGUAUCAAGAUGCAACCGAUGCACCUCACAACGCUCGUUUGCAGCAAAGAGAGGCCCAAUCGGCGCAGCAAAAGCAGCGCGAGCGCGAGCGCGAGAGGGAGAGGGAGAGGGAAAGAGAAAGGGACAGCGAGGAUUCUUUGCGGAGCGGAAGCAGCAAGAAGUCGAGGAGAAAGAAGCGCGCAAAGGAUCGCGUGGACGAUUGGUUCGAUAGACCUUCCACUGCCACUACGUCGCGCAAACAUGCCGCCGCUCGGAACUCUUCGUCGCUAUCUGAUAGGAUAUCAGGUCCUACCGGGCGGAAGAACAAGUCGUCCACCUCCGAUGCAUCGGCCGGCAAGGAACAACGAAGGCAGCGUCGAAGAGGGGAACCCGAGUUUGGGCGCUUUGCUCGGGCCGACGGAGCGGAGCAUUCUAGACCCGCUAGCACUUUUCGACCUCAAUUCCACGGCGACUACUGAGCAAGUGGAAGAGACGCACAGUGCAUAGUAGGCUAGAGCAUGCAAGACUCAGACUGCGCCUUUUCAUGCUCCCGAGACUUGUUGUACAUCUGUCAACCUUGACGUAGGAGUAUUUGAUCAAACGAUCGAAUGUAUGCAUCAUGCAGACGGUCCCAAUCCAGCUGUUGCUGGCGUGUCUUCGUCGUGCAGGCUCAAGCCAGCAGCGGGCAAUCCGUCAGCACCGCCGCUCUCGGCUUGAAUAGCCUCGUCGCGGCUCUUCCGCUUCUCCACGGGGU